AUGUCACAAGAAUACAGCGACGACGAUCCACUUGCUGAGCCAAAAAAUACUCAGCACAUUGACCUCUCAAAGUUGUCCCCACAAGAAUUGAGGAUUUACAAACUAUACGGGAAAUUGCCAACCACACAGCAGAUUCUUGCUUCCAAAUUCCACGAUAAAAAGUACUUUGAUAGUGGGGAUUAUGCAAUGCAGAAACAGAAACAGAAAUUACAAGGAAAUAAGGGGUCCAAUGGUGACAGCGCAAGCGGCAGCAACAACGGGGGAAUAGAUGGUGUUUUGGGAGGCACAGGUAGUGUUCCAUUCAUUCACCCCAAUGCUGAAAAGGUUAGGGAGAUGUCUGUUCGGAACUCGAUUAGUGCUACCAAUGCACAGAUUUUCGCCAAUGGUAAGAGCGGAUUGUUGAAUGAAAGUACACCACGAUCAGUAGAGCAGAGUGCAGCUGAAGAUACCGAGAAUGACCAGGGUCAAGAUGAACUGGGGAAGGAGUAA